CUUAAUUGUCCCUUUAUUGUAAAGUUCUAUGGUGCAGCACUGCGCAAGGAAGGGGAGCAGCUGAAAGCAAUACUGGUGAUGGAGCUCUGUAAGGAAAACUUGAUGAGGCACAUUUUCCGGCAUGAAAGAAAUAUACCUGGUAGGUCAUCAACUGCUACAGCUGCGAAAGAUGUGAUCGGAUGGGCAAAAGACAUCGCCGAUGCUUUGAAAUACAUUCACAGACAAGGUAUCGUUCACAGAGAUCUCAAGCUGGAAAAUAUAUUGCUGUCGCAAGAAAAUAUUGCCAAACUAGCCGAUGUCGGUGUUUCUAAAGAAGCCAAAGCGAUCACGGGUACCAUGACGGGAACUCCUUUGUAUCUCGCUCCUGAAGUGAUCAAGUCCCAUUUGUACGAUUACAAAGCAGACAUCUACAGCUUCGGCAUAAUGCUCUGGGAGAUGUGGUAUGGUAGCAGACCUCUUCUUGAUGUGGAAGGAAAUGUGCCUGAGUAUUUUGAAAAAGUGGUUGAGGGUGUAAGACCUAUGCAUGUCCAAGGCUCAAAGGAGCCUCCAGCUGGUUUGCGUGAUCUGAUGCAGCGUUGCUGGGACGAAAAACCUGAUAAUCGACCAGAUGCGAGCGAGUGUUAUGAGAAGUUGACUGAGCUCUAUCAGGAAUUUGGCGCACCAUCUUCGUAAACACUGGUUAUUAGGCAACCACCUUGAACGUGUUUACUUUUCAAGUGUAAACUGUUUUGGAGCAACAGUGAUUUAGAGUGUUUUAAGAUAUCCCUUAUGACUGUUGCAGCAAAUAGAUUGACCUAACCCGCGCCAAUUUUUCUCGUUUCAAACUUAGUUCGUACAUCAUAGAAACCUAUUUUAGUCUUAGUCAGUGCUGAUACUAAGGACUUCUAUCGAGACAAGUGUCAUUUUGGAUGAUUCCGAGAGGCCUAAUUAAGCGCACAGGUGUAGUUGGCUCCUCUGUUGCUUUGUCUGUCAGAGGAUCUUUUGUUACGGUACAGGGUUGUCAGCCCGUUGCCCUGCCCUAAACCCAAAGGUGGCUUCAUCAGGCAUGAAAGUUAAAGCAAGAAGUGUAUGAUAUACAUCGAUUCUUACGCAGUUGACAGAAUGUAGGACUGGUGCAUCGGUCGGUCUUUAAAUCUUUGCAGGAUCUCUAUCCUUAUGUUCUGGUAUUCUUUAGACCCUGCAAGCGUAAAAGAGACUCGAGAAAGUCUUAAUUAAGAAAGAAAGAGAGAGGGUGGGCGACCGUACUCUCAUGUUAAAAAGGCAUAGUCUAGUCAUAUUCUCAUAGUAUCGUAAAGUAUACAAACAUAUAAUAGUUUCAAUGAUUUAAUAGAUUUCCUUUAAUAUGAGCAAGUUAUCAUGUGUUUUAAUCUCCUUCCAAUUUACUUUUUUUGGGGCUUUUGUCAAAUAGUUGACGUGUUACUAUUUUGAACGAAGAACAACAAGAAUAUUCUAAAGGCAAAUAUUGUUCUUUCAGCUUGUAAGAAAGCUUUUUGCCGAAUUUUAAAGUUAGUUUCACCAUCUGGUAUAAGACACUUGUGAUCGUUUACUCUUAGAAGAUUUCGUAAAGAGCAUUCUGUUUUUUAAGAAUUUAGAUUAAAUAUAAUGUAAGAAGGUCAGAUAUCAGAGAUGGAGUUGUAAGCAUAAAAAGGGUCAAACGACGUGAACAGAAGUUCCCUUGGAAGGAAUUUUAGUACUGAGCAGCGUACUUUUUCAUUAAGGAAUUGUGUGAUUAAACUUGGGAAGAAGAAACAAAUUCCCAUCAUUACCCCUUAAAAAUUGGUAAACGAAGCUUUUACAAAGAUGGUUAGACUUAAUCGUUUCUUAAGAUCGCAAACUGUGAAAGUCAAAUAAAGACUUGA